AUGACUGAUCAAGGUAGAAAACAAUUUGUUGUGAUGGUUCAAGAUUAUACAGAUGGUGAAGCAUUACAACGUCGAAUGGUUGCACGACCUAAACAUUUGGCGAUGGCUGAAAAGGCUCAUGAAACAGGUUAUAUCCUAUGUGGAGGUGCUUUGUUUGAUUCGCAUGAAAAUCGAAAAAUGAUUGGAAGUAUGAUGAUUUGUCAAGCUCAUAGUGAAGAAGAAUUACAAGAAAAAAUUGCUCAAGAUCCUUAUGUCCUUGGAAAGGUUUGGGAAAAGUGGACCAUCUAUCCUUAUAGAAAUGCUAUUGGACUUGAAAAAGAACUAGAAGGUGUAGAAGUGAUAGUAUAGUUGAUGUUUUUUAUCUUUUACCUGAUGAAAUAAAAAAGCAAGUAACCUACACAUGCUAUGAGUUUCU